CUAAAAUCGAGUGAGACGAAACGAAACGAUAAGGGUGUCCUUCACUCACAACACUUCUUCUUCAUCCUCACAAAGCCCUAAUUUCUCUGGGUUUGAUUUUAGCAAUGGCGAUUGCAACGUCGAUGAGUUUGAAUCUAAUUGGAGCAUUCAAAGGCUUGUCUCUCUCUUCUACCUCGUCGUUCCUCAGAGGCGACUUGAAUUUCUCCCCAAAAACCUCCUUCACGGUGACUCUCCCGUUGGAAAACCUCCAAGCUCCGAUUCCAUUGACAAUUGAAUCCGCGCACAAGAAAGGAGCCGGUAGUACUAAGAACGGUCGUGAUUCUCCCGGUCAGAGACUCGGUGUCAAGAUCUACGGUGACCAAGUCGCUAAACCUGGCGCCAUCAUCGUUCGUCAACGUGGCACUAAGUUCCAUGCUGGAAAAAACGUUGGGAUUGGUAAAGAUCACACCAUCUUCUCUUUAAUCGAUGGAUUAGUAAAGUUCGAGAAGUUUGGUCCCGACAGGAAGAAGAUUAGUGUGUACCCGAGAGAGAUUGUGCCAGAGAAUCCCAACAGUUACAGAGCAAGAAAGAGAGACGCUUUUAGAUUGCAAAGGGAGAAGAAGAAGGCGAGGCGCGAGAAUUACACUUACACACUUCCUACACCUCAGCUUGUUCUUGCUUCCGCAACGAUCGAUGAUGCAGAAACCAAUCCCGAUUGCUAGAAAACCAAAAUGUGAAUCUUUCUUUAUCUGUUUAUGUUUAAAUCUUGUUCUUGAUCAUUUUCCAUUUUGCGCCUUUACAAGAAGCUUUGUUUCAGAGUUUCAAGAGUUUGUAAUGUGUCCAAUCCAAACCUUACUUUUGUCGAACUGAGUACAAAGCCUGCGGAUUUUACCCAACCCGAGAGCCAUUAGUGUAAUCGAAUGGUUUACUGUUUAUUAGACAAACCAAACCGAGAUUAGGUUCUCUUCC